CUAAGUUGCUUCACAUUUUGAUUGUUUUGGUGCUGCUUCUUGAUGUUUUGGCUUUGAAUCAGCAAAUGAUUCUAGUGCACAGAAUGAUUGGAAAGGUGCAUGGUGGCAUAGUAGCCUGACCAGUCACUCUGGUUUUGUCAAGGAAGACAGCCCCUAUGCAUCAAAUACUCAGCCAGGAACAUAUUACUUUGAAUUCUCCAGGCCUUUAACAACAAUGGACCGUCUGCAACAGGAUGUUCAGUUCACAAUUGGUAAAGCAAGUAAGAUUUCUGCAGCUCUGUGGUACCCCGAUGAUGGGAAACCGUGGCAUGGAUCUGCACAUUACUCAACUAGCUGCGAUUGGAUACCAAUGGACAUUAUGGCAAGCAUUAGUGGUUCCAAGUCUGUCGAGGCAGCAGUAAGCAAUCCAUGGGAUGCUGCAACUGCCUUUUCUCUUCUGUUUUCUGUUGUGGCUUUCUGCACGUCUCUUUUCAUUGGCCAUCGAAUUUCAACAUCUAAGGAAAUCCGUUUCACACCCAUGGACAAUCUUUAAGAUGUGGUUGCCACUUGAGCUUGUUUGCCUUGCUUGAAUCACCAAAAUUUUCCAGUGUGUUUGGUUUGGUUACCGAGUCCUAUUGGUAUGGUUACAGACUUAUUGACAUCACCCCAAGGAUGUGAAGAGAGCGCCAAUUCUUGUGUGCAAAUGAGAUGUUUGUCUUUUUAAAUCCGUGAUUGGUUGAUUUGUUACAGUGCUGAUCAUAUUAGAUCAACUUUACUACUCAUAUCACUGCAAUAUAUGUAUCCUUCUAGAAUACGUGAUACGAGUCACAGUUUUGAUGUUUAUGU